ACCCAAGCCAGUUUCAGGCUUACAAGAUGGAGUCUUUUUAAGCAAGACAUGAGGAAUAUACAAUAUAGCUCAUCAGUGUGAUGAUUAGUGCGUCUCUGGAUAUUGGAAAGUAUUUAUAGAGAGGAAGAUGCGUGAACAUGAGCUUUAUGUCAAGUACACCCGGGUUUGGAUUCCUGACCCGGAUGAGGUCUGGAGGUCUGCUGAAAUCUUCAAGGAUUAUAAGGAGGGAGACAAAGUGCUGCAUCUCAAAUUAGAAGAUGAAUCGACGUUAGAAUAUCCAAUUGGUCCCAAAGACAAUCCACUUCCAUUUCUCCGGAAUCCCGAUAUAUUGGUAGGAGAAAAUGACCUUACGGCUCUCAGUUACCUGCACGAGCCUGCUGUGCUCCACAACCUCAAGGUUCGCUUCCUCGAGUCCAACCACAUCUACACCUAUUGUGGGAUUGUUCUGGUGGCCAUCAACCCGUAUGAGCAGCUACAUAUCUAUGGAGAAGAAGUCAUCAAUGCGUACAGCGGGCAGAACAUGGGGGACAUGGACCCUCAUAUAUUUGCGGUGGCCGAGGAAGCUUUCAAACAGAUGGCCAGAGAUGAGAAGAACCAGUCUAUAAUUGUGAGUGGCGAGUCGGGAGCCGGUAAAACCGUUUCGGCAAAGUACGCCAUGCGCUUCUUCGCCACAGUGGGAGGAUCAGCGAAUGACACCAAUGUUGAAGAGAAAGUUCUGGCCUCCAGUCCCAUUAUGGAGGCCAUUGGAAAUGCAAAAACCACCCGCAAUGACAACAGCAGCCGUUUUGGGAAAUACAUCCAGAUUGGCUUUGACAGGAGAUAUCAUAUUAUUGGUGCCAACAUGAGGACGUAUCUGCUUGAGAAGUCCAGAGUAGUGUUUCAGGCUGAGGAGGAGAGGAACUACCACAUCUUCUACCAGCUCUGUGCUUCAUGCUCUCUGCCAGAGUUUAAGGAUCUUACCUUGACCAGUGCAGAAGACUUCACUUACACUUCUCUCGGUGAGAAUAUUUUCAUUGAGGGAGUGAAUGAUGCUGAGGACCUUGUGAAGACAAGAGAAGCUCUAACAAUGCUUGGUGUAAAAGAGAACCACCAAAUGAGCAUCUUUAAGGUAAUUGCCUCCAUUUUGCAUCUGGGGAACGUGGAGAUUGUGCUGGAGAGAGAUGGAGAAUCCUGCCAUAUCAAUAGGGACGACACUCAUCUGCAUCAUUUCUGUCGGCUGCUGGGGAUUGAGCAGGAGCAGAUGGAGAACUGGCUAUGCCGCAGGAAACUGGUGACCACUUCUGAAACUUAUGUGAAAAACAUGCCCCACAGCCAGGCGGUCAAUGCCCGAGACGCCCUGGCCAAACACAUCUACGCCCAUCUGUUUGACUGGAUCGUGGAGCAUAUCAAUAAGUCCUUGCAUACUUCCAGCAAACAGCACUCAUUCAUCGGGGUGCUGGAUAUCUAUGGGUUCGAAACAUUCGAGAUCAACAGCUUUGAGCAGUUCUGUAUUAACUACGCCAAUGAGAAGCUACAGCAACAGUUCAACUCGCAUGUGUUUAAGCUGGAGCAAGAAGAGUACAUGAAGGAGCAGAUCCCCUGGACGCUCAUUGAUUUCUAUGAUAACCAGCCAUGCAUUGACCUCAUUGAAGCCAAACUCGGUAUCCUGGACCUUCUUGAUGAAGAGUGUAAGGUGCCCAAAGGAACGGAUCAGAACUGGGCUCAGAAGCUGUACAGCAAGCAUUCAGGCAGCGGCCAUUUCGAAAAGCCCAGGAUGUCCAACAAGUCCUUCAUCGUGGUCCAUUUUGCAGAUAAGGUUGAAUAUCAGUGUGACGGAUUCCUGGAGAAGAACAGAGACACUGUUUAUGAAGAGCAGAUAAACAUCCUCAAGGCCAGCAAGUUCCAGUUGGUUGCAGAUCUCUUUGACGAUGCUAAAGAUGCUGCCCCUCAUCCAGGUAGCAAAACCUCCAGGAUUAACGUUCGGCCAGCCAAACCUGCUCCGAAAGGUCACAACCGGGAGCACAGGAAAAGUGUGGGCACCCAGUUCAGGAACUCUCUGCAUCUUCUGAUGGAGACACUCAACGCAACCACCCCUCAUUAUGUGCGCUGCAUUAAGCCCAAUGAUUAUAAGGAAUCCUUUGUUUUUGAUUCUAGAAGAGCUGUUCAGCAACUGAGAGCAUGUGGUGUUCUGGAGACCAUCCGCAUCAGCGCCGCUGGCUAUCCAUCACGAUGGACGUAUCCAGAUUUCUUCAGCAGAUAUCGAGUGCUCAUGACAAAGAAGGAUCUGUCAGUCGGAGACAAGAAGCAGGUCUGUAAGAACCUGCUGGAGAUCUUGAUCAAGGAUCCAGAUAAGUUCCAGUUUGGAAAGACUAAGAUCUUCUUCAGGGCGGGUCAGGUGGCCUAUUUGGAGAAGCUCAGAGCCGAUAAGUUCCGCUUCGCCUGCAUUAAGAUCCAGAAGACUGUGCGAGGAUGGCUGCAGAGGAUUCGGUAUCGCAAGAUCCGCAAGUCUGCCAUCACUUUGCAAAGAUACGGCCGGGGUUACUUGGCACGCAGAUACGCAGAGAUGCUUCGCCUGACCCGAGCAGCAGUCAUUUGUCAGAAACAGUACCGGAUGGUACAGGUUCGCCGGGAGUAUCUGAGGGUUCGUCGGGCUGUAAUCACCAUUCAAGCAUUCACCCGAGGCAUGUUCAUACGCAGGUUAUAUCAGGAGUUCCUGCUCCAUCACAAAGCCAUGAUCAUACAGAAGACUGUCCGUGGUUGGCUUGUAAGAAAAAAGUAUCAGCGUUCCCGAUAUGCUGCCAUCGUCAUCCAGUGUUUCUAUCGGCGCGUACGUGCCACGAGGCAGCUUAAACAGCUCAAGAUAGAGGCCCGUUCAGCCGAACACUUUAAAAAACUCAACGUCGGAAUGGAGAACAAGAUCGUGCAGCUCCAGAAGAAGAUGGACAACCAGUCAAAAGAGUUAAAAUCUCAGAACGAAAAUCUGGCUGUUGCUAAAAACGUUCUGGAAACAGAGGUCACUAAGCUGAGCAAAGAGCUGGAGACCCUCCGCACUCGGCAGGUGGCAGGCACUCAGGUGACAUCACUGCAAGAAGAGCUGGAGAAGCUGAGGGCGGAGCUUCAGGAAGCACACGCCCACAAGAAACAUUUGGAGGAGGAGUUCAGCAACGAGAAGCAAGGACUCGAACAGAGGGUGGAGGAGCUGGAGAAAGAAAACACACUCUUGAAGAAGGAGAAAGAAGAGAUGAACCGCAGAAUCCAGACCUCCACUCAGGAUCAGGGAGGCGAUGUGUCUCAGAAGGAGAGCCGCCUGCAGCAUGAACUGGAUGACGAGAGACAACGAUAUCAGAACCUGGUGAAAGAAUAUUCCAGACUGGAGCAGAGAUACGAAAACCUGCAGGAGGACAUGUCUUCAAUGAAGUUUCAUCCCGGCCAUCGGAGAAACCCAUCUAACCAGAGCAGCUUGGGUUCAGACUCCAACUAUCCCUCCAUCAGUAUGUCAGAGGUGGGAGACACUGAUGACACCAUCCAGCAGGUGGAGGAGAUGGGCAUAGAGAAGGCUGCCAUGGACCUCAGCGUUUUCAUGAAGUUACAGAAACGUGUACGAGAGCUGGAGCAGGAGAGGAAGAGGCUGCAGACCAAUCUAGAUAAAGUAGAGGAACUGAGCAAACGCAAGGGAAGCGAGGCCAAGAACUCAACGUCCGAGGAUGAUAUAAACGCAGACCUGGCCUACAACAGUCUGAAGCGGCAAGAGCUCGAAACGGAGAAUAAGAAGUUGAAGAAUGACCUGAAUGAGUUAAGGAAAGCGGUGGCGACAAGGGUCUCCGAGAACAGCUCGUCUAAUGCUCAAGAUGGCUACCACCUGCUGCUCAGUCAGCUCAAAGCGGCCAAUGAGGAGGUUGAUGUGCGCAAAGAGGAGGUCUUGAUGCUCAAGACCCAAAUCGUCAACUCAACAAGACAGUCAGAAAACUUAAUCACAUCGUGAAAUUCCAACGAUGUGUCUGAGUGGACCGACAACAAGAGCCCUGUGGAUGCCGAGGACAAUGUGGAUGCGCCUGCAUCAAAGAAACUGCUGGAGACCCAACUGCAGACCCAGACUCGGACAGCACGGGAUGAGUUGGAAGCCCUUCACACGCAGAUCGAGCUCCUGAAGGACAAUCUGGAGAAGAAGCAGGACAUGCUGGACCACUUCUCCACACUUUCUCCUGAAGCUCUGGUGGAGUUCAGUGUGCAGCAGGAGAUCACACGCCUCACCAACGAAAACCUGGACCUAAAGGAACUUGUUGAGAAGUUGGAAAAGAAUGAGAAGAAGCUGAAGAAGCAGUUGAGGAUCUAUAUGAAGAAAGUGCAAGAGCUGGAAGUGACUCAGGCCACUAAAAGCCGACCGGAGCUCACUCGUCAGGUCACAGUCCAGAGGAGAGAGAAGGACUUCGAAGGCAUGCUGGAGUACUAUAAAGAAGAUGAGGCCUUGCUGGUCAAGACUUUAAUUACAGACAUGAAGCCCAACGCUGUGUCCGCCACUGUCCCCUGCCUCCCCGCGUACAUCCUCUUCAUGUGCAUCCGUCACGCCGACUACAUCAAUGACGACCAUAAAGUUCAUUCACUACUGACUGCAACCAUCAACGCCAUAAAAAAAGUGCUGAAGAAAAACAACGAUGACUUUGAGAUGACCUCCUUUUGGCUGGCAAAUGCGAGUCGACUACUACACUGUCUGAAGCAGUACAGCGGUGACGAGGCAUUUAUGACCCAGAACUCUGCCAAGCAGAACGAGCACUGCCUGAAGAACUUUGACCUGGCGGAGUAUCGACAGGUUCUGAGUGACCUCUCCAUCCAAAUCUAUCAGCAGCUCGUGAAAGUUGCCGAGGCCAACAUGCAACCUAUGAUCGUGUCUGCCAUGCUUGAGAGCGAGAGCAUCCCCAGCCUGGCCGGAGUGAAGCCCAUGGGUUACAGGAACCGCUCCUCUAGUGUGGACUGUGAGACCGGAGGUCCCGCGGGGUAUACGCUUCAGGCACUGAUCAAACAGCUGGCUCAGUUUUACUCCAUUAUGGCAGACCACGGCCUGGACCCUGAGAUCAGCCAGCAGGUGCUUCGCCAGCUCUUCUACUCCAUCAAUGCAGUGACCCUCAACAACCUGCUGCUGCGCAAAGACGUCUGCUCCUGGAGCACUGGCAUGCAGCUCAGGUACAACAUCAGUCAGCUGGAGGAGUGGCUGAGAGGGAAGAACCUGCACCAGUGUGGAGCUGUGGCCACUAUGGAGCCGGUCAUUCAGGCCGCGCAGCUGCUGCAGGUGAAGAAGAAAACGUCACAGGACGCUGAGGCCAUCUGCUCGCUCUGCACUGCACUCAGUUUACAGCAGAUUGUGAAGAUUCUGAACUUGUACACACCACUCAAUGAGUUUGAGGAGCGAGUCACUGUUUCAUUCAUAAGAGACAUACAGAAUCGCCUCCAAGAUCGGAUAGAAAACAACCAACUGCUGGCGGACACGAAAUACACCUUCCCCGUGCUCUUCCCGUACACUCCUUCCAACCUCAGCCUGGAAACCAUUCACAUCCCAGCCUCCCUCAGCCUGGACUUCCUGACGCGGGUCUGACAUCUCCGUCUCUCGGUCUUACACUGAGCUCCGACCCAAUCCUUCCUGCAGAAACCAGAGCUGGCCGGACGCAGAUCUGCAAAAAUAACCCACAUACUAACACCACCAAUGCUACCUGUGGGGUGUAACCAGAUGAACCGUCUUCUCCCUGACCGACUAACUGUGGUGUUGAAGUCUGAUGAACCAUGCGGUGUAAAUAAGCUGUCUGCCUUUUCACUUACUUCCUGAACAAAGUGAAAACACUGUAUUUUGGAUUGGGAUGCGUUUGACUAAUACUUAUGAUUAAAUGGAAAUGAAAAUAAGAGGGGUUUUGGGCUACUGACACUAAACACUAAUACGAGAGUGUGUGUCCGUCAUGUGUCUGUGUUGGUCUGCACUGAUUUCUGUGUGUUUGUAAUGGAAAAGUGUAUUUUAUUUUCCUUUGCCUGUGCUGGAGUUUCAUCUCAGAGAACAUGGACUCCUACUGAAGCAGCGCCGCCAUCUUGUUUUUUAUUUUCUAGGAGAACUUUGAAAUUGGGCUCCCGAGAUUCUUUUCCACAGAAGACGCAGGAAAUCUCUGCAUUGCAAUGGCUGUUUCCAAUCUGGAUCUGUUGCUCUGAACAGGGCCUUUUUCUGUUUUUCCCAUGUGUCGAAGAAGACUCGGGGGCCCUGAAACACAGAGCCAAAGGGACAGGGCUGAUAGCGAAAGUGUCAUUGAGAAGCGGAAGUACAGUAUGUGAAGCGGAGAGACUCAGGACGUUGAGAGGAGUUCGAGCUGGGAUAUUUAAUAUGCUGAGGAAAUAAAUAAUGGUGUGAUUGUCGUCUGUCGGUGGAAUCUAGAACGUGCUGGAAAGUGUGUGCACCCAGAAAGCAUUUUUUGGUUUUUAAAAGAUGUCUAAUAGAUAUCUAAUAGACGUCUAAACAUAGUAGUCUUGGCUAAAACAAGGCUAAAUUUGGGCUGUAAUAAACGUCUCAGAAUAGGCCAAAACUAGACUAGUCAUCAAACAAACAGAAAUGAAUGACUACACCUAUAAAGUCUGUCUAAUCUGUCUACUUGACGACUAGUCUAGUUUUGGGCUACUCUUAGACGUCUAUUAGAUUUUCACUGACAGUUGAGCUUUGUUUUAAGCUGUCUACGUUCAGAUGUCUAUUAGACGUCUAUUAAACACAAAAAUGUUUGCUGAGCAGGGUGUGAUGUAGAAAUGUAUUUCAGGAGGUGUCGUAUAAACUGGAAUGAGUACAAAAAAAGGCAUUCUCAAAACUAGCAGGUUCCGAUUUCACGAAAGCAAUUAUCUCGAUUGACUUUAUACUGUUGCACAGCUCUGCAAACGAUCAUGUGCAGUCGAUAGCAAUAACUACGCACUUUUUCUUUGACCUUUUAUGAAAAGUACAUUUUUAUAUAAUCUCUACAAUGUUUCCCCUUGUACGUUGCCAACUGAAUGGGCUGUUCUGCAAGAAUAGUGCAUUGUGUCGAUUCAGGAAACUUCAUUUGUUUCGAAGUGAUCAUCUUUUAGUUUUAGCUUUCAGCAUUUACGCGCUCCAGAAGUCAAAUUUUCAUCGCUCUGAAGAUAUUCUCAGUCAUUUCGAUGCCAAUAAAGAGUUGUCAAAUAGUUCUUUCAGUGUCAAUAAAGAACUGUCCAUUUU